AUGGAUAAACUGUGCAGACAGGAGGGAUUUCUACUGUUGUUCUAACGCCUUUCACCAGAAUGCUUGGAUCCUUUCUAUUUCUUUGGAAGGAUAGUAGAAUGAAUGCUCUUGCUUCAGGUCGGCAUUUAUGGAAUGAUGGUUAUACUGUCAUGACGCGGUCUGUGGUUUUAAGAACGAAGCAAUCGCCGCCAAGGCGCUCGUGCGAUACCUCACGUUUUUUCUCCCUCGGCGCCAGGAGGCCUUCGUUUGUUUACGAGAAUCAAAGCAUCAAAGCUGGAUAGACUCCUUUACAAAUAUAACUUACUCAUCCCUUUACCUUUCUUUGUAACUGUUUUCUUUUUCCACCGACAAAACCUUUGCCAUGCUGACAUCCACGCCCUCACAGUACGUGCCCUUUUCAGAGAUAAAUACACAGCUAGAAUCGUUUUCUUUUGUUCUAUUGAUAUAAUAGCUCUGUAUUUGUUUAACAAGAGGAAGCCGAGAAAGAAAGGGGGAAAUGUGAAGAGUUUUUGGUCAAAUACACAUCCUGUCGUGUAGCGAGGGUCAUCGGUCGAAUCUCGUACCGACGUACUUAGCAAUAAUUGGUUGGGGGAUUAUCUGGUUUGUCGGUGAUGAAAUAGGAUUAUGCCUGGCCCUAUCGACCGGUGAGAGGAUGGCAUGAGGUCCAGACCACCCAAAUGGAAUGUGGACUCAUCGCUAUAAAAGGGGUGGGACACGAAAUUGAGUCGUCAGUGUGACAGACCGCGACAGCACCGCAAGCUAGAGCUACACGUACAGACACCGGCUAAUAGCCUAGCUUACUUCGUAACAUCCCACAGGGGACGGUGCGCGAAGCCAGGGCCCGAUCACUGUGUCCGCCAGGCCCUCCGGCACGCCACAACGAGGAAGUCGCGCGACUUCAGCAGUAAGGUUCGUCAACGACUGGGGACAAGAGUUCAGGUUCUUCAGCGACUGGGGACAAGAGUUAGACUCUUAAGAAGUUGGAGUCUUAAGAAGUGUGUGGUGAAGCAUGAAGAAGAGCGUGAGGAGCAUGCCGUGUCUGGUGACCGUGACGUUGGUGUUGUUCCUGCGGGCUGCCGCCGCCUCCACCUUGCCCAGUCCCACCCGCCACCCGGAGUACAGGUCAGUGCUAGACAGACUCAGGUACACGAUCUCCUCGUCUCUCGGCGACACCGACUCGUCCUUCGGCGCCGAAGAACUGCUCCAUCGGUUUCAGACUCUCGGGUUGAUUCGGCCGCCGGUUGGGAGGGGUCGGGACGGAGAGGGAGUGUCAGACGACACCGUGGUUGAGGAAAAAAUCGUCGUCCGGGCCUCUGCUGUUCACAGGAUAGAGGAGGGGGAAGAACAAGCUCUUGCUGACGAGUCAGCGUCAAAGACAGAGGAGACAACGCGCAUGCCUAAUGAUGAGUCAGACAACCGUCUUCCAGGUGACGAUGACGUCAUAAAAACGGCCCUAGGUCUCUUCACUGAGGCGGAGCUGCCCCAAGAAGUCGAGGGAUCCGCGCAUGCGUCGAGUGAACAGGAUCAGACAAGCCCGGUCGAUGACCGGUAUGAGAGAAAGCGGUAUAGAGGGAGAAAGCCUCGUCGCAACCGACGUCGGAGAAAACAUAAGAAAGACCGAGCACAAAGAAGAUCGGAGAAGAAAUCUGUUAAAGUGAGAAUCGGACAGAGCACACUGUACGCGUUUGGCAGCGUCGUGCGACUACCACUCAGGAAGAGGGACUUGCGCAAAGACUGGUGUAAGGCAGUGGCCUUCGAUCAGGAGGUCACGUCCCCAGGAUGCGAAACAAAACUGGUGAGAAAUAAGUUUUGUUAUGGACAGUGCAGCUCCUUUCACAUCCCACGGCAACAUCCGGGGCCUUUCGACUCGUGCGCCUCCUGUACGCCAACGCGCAUGCGCAACGAAAAAGUCGUCCUGAACUGUCAAGGGAACGAGACUAAAGUACGAAAAGUGUCAAUAGUAGAGGAGUGCGCCUGUCGACCAUGUGGGGAUAAGUACUUCUGAAUCACACGGUAUGACACAUCAUGACUCUCCCGGACUUUUUUAAAAGGAAAAUACUAAAAACACUCCUGCCUAUCGAAAGGAAAUACUAUCUUUUUGUAUUACAAUACAUUAUGUUGUCUGUUUUACUUUGUGUCAAAAAUAGGUUAUGGCUGUAUAUAUUUACAGAAUUGAAUUAAGCUACGAUGUACGGAGGCUAUUUGUACAGACUAUGAUGUAUCACCAGAACGCUUAUUUAUAUUAAAAGUAACUCAUGUGGAAAUAUACUUUAUGCACAUGCAUCUCUACAUUGUAAUGAGACUAAGAAUUUAAAAAUGUAUAUUGUGGUGUCGUCGGUAAAUUAUGACUUCACGCUAUACAUAUGACGACGGGUAUACAUUGCAUCAUAGGACAAAAAUGUAAAUAUAUGUAAUUGGAAAAACAAUGACGUAAGGAUGAACAAAAUCGUUUUUGUAAAUUCUGAGGAAAUCUCGACACCGAUAUUUGUUAUGUCAAAGCUAAUAAUGUCUAACAGAAUAUUUAUCGAUACUUAUUAAUUAUCGAUCUUUAUCUAUCACAGAAUAUUGUUCUUCCAGAUUAUAUAAUAACACCUACGAUUUAUCAAAAUAUUU